CGACUGCGCUGAUGCGUUUUCAUUGGGUAGCAGCCCAGUGAACUUGUGCGGAGAGACGGAGAGAGAAGGAACCUGCGGGGUCCAUUUAACACCAGUAGAGUGCACUCCGCUCCACGCGCGCUGGGUCACUUCUCGAGGAAGAAACGGACUGGUUUCUCCCCUGCCUUUGCUGCACCUCCGAAACAUUUUAAAGGAUCGGGAUCCGUUUGAAGGACAACAGCGAAUCUCCUCUCAUGCCAGUGCGUGUUUAACGUUGGGAGGGAACAAAUCUCCACUGUUUCGUUUCGUUUUAACGAUUGAACACUGCGGUGUACAGUCCGACGUUUCACUUGGAUUUUAGGAGUUCAAGCGCGGUGUGCGCUCAUUCCCCUAACCAUGGAAUUAUGGAUAAAGUUGAUGGUGUUGUACGGUUUCUGUUUAGGGGCAAGUGCUGAGAAUGACGGCAGGUGGCCUCGGCAGAUGGCCUCGUCCAAUGGGCUGUGUCGCUACGGCGCCCGCAUCGACUGCUGCUGGGGAUGGACCCGGCGCUCCUGGGGCCACUGCCAACGCGUCUUCGCUCUAACCCACAGAGUAGUCGGGAGAAUACGGUGUCCGCCACAAGCUCUGUGCCAGCACGGGUGUAAGCAUGGAGACUGCGUAGGACCCAGCAAAUGCAAGUGUCACCCCGGCUUCACUGGAAAAACCUGCAAUCAAGACCUGAACGAGUGUGGUCUGAAGCCCCGGCCGUGCAAACACAGGUGCAUGAACACAUACGGCAGCUACAAGUGCUACUGCCUCAAUGGCUAUAUGCUGAUGCCUGACGGGACAUGUGGAAAUACCCGUACCUGUGGUAUGGCCAACUGCCAGUAUGGCUGUGAGGUGCUGAAGGGAGAGGUGCGCUGUCAGUGCCCGUCGCCAGGGCUUCAGCUGGCGCCGGACGGAAGAACCUGUGUGGACGUGGAUGAGUGUGACGGCGUGGCCACGUGUCCCCGGUUCCGUAAGUGCGUCAACACAUUCGGGAGUUACAUCUGCAAGUGUCACGAGGGCUUCGACCUGCAAUACAUCAACGGGAAGUACCAGUGUGUAGAUGUGGAUGAGUGCUCCUCAGGCCAAAACCAAUGCAGCAGUUUCGCCACCUGCUAUAACACGCCUGGUUCCUACAAGUGCAAGUGCAAAGACGGCUACAGGGUGGGCCAUGACUGCAAACCCAUUCCCAAGGUGGUCAUCGAUCCCCCCAGGUUCCCCCCGAACCACCACAACAUUAUCCCUGACUCGGACCACAAGAGGACCACCACCACGAUCCGACCGCCCAUGACCGCCAAGAGAGUCGCCCCCACCGCCCCCAAAAGAACCACAACCACUCCCAAACCAACGACCACGACCACUACUACUACAACUACUACUAGAGCACCUUCUACAACCACACUACCACCUCCCCCACCUCCUCCAAGGACGAUGCCCCCCGCCCCUCGUAAGCCAGUGGUCCCCACGAGACCACCAAUCAUACCCACCAGGAGACCCCCUGUAGUCACCCGUAAGCCCUAUGUGCCCCCACGGCGUCCCGCCAUCACCUCUCCACCGCCCCCCACCCGCAGGACCCCACCCUACGUGCCAACACGCCGCCCGCCUCCCCCAAAACAGCCCGAGCCGGUCACCCCAGUGGACAACACCAUCGAGAAGGAGGUCACCAAACAGAGAGGUGACGUCCACAUUCCACGUAACCAUGAUCACAACACCGUCUUGGGGGUCGACUUUGACAUUGAGCUGGGCAACACGGCCGACGAAGCGAAGGAUGACGCAGAGGCUGGCUACCUGAGCUGCUCCUUUGAUAACGGCCUUUGCGGUUGGAUCCGGGACAAGGAUGGCGACCUGCACUGGGAGACAACACCGGACCCAUCUGGUGGAAAAUACCUCACCAUCCCUGAGGUGAGCGACAAGAAGAGCGGGCGAGGGGCGCGCCUGGUCCUCCCGUUGACUCCUCCCUGGGACGACGGUAACCUGUGUCUGUCGUUCCGCCACAAGCUGGCAGGACACCAUGUGGGUAUGCUCCAGGUGUUUGUGAAGAAAGGGAAGCAGUACAGCCCGGCCGUGUGGGGAAGGACGGGGGGUAGCGGCUGGAGACAUACCCAGAUCACGCUGUGGGGCACGGGACUUGAGAGUGUGAUUCUGAAGGGCGAGCGCGGCCGUGGCCGGAGCGGAGAGAUGGCCGUGGAUGACAUCACCUUGAGAAAAGGUUCCUGCACCGAGGAGCACAAUCUGAGAAGACAUUAAUACACACAGCAGAGAGCGACAGAGAUGGAGAGAGAAAGAGAGAAGUGGAGAGAAAGAGCCCAGGGAGGAGCAGACUCUGAUUGGACCCCCAUAGAGGGUCCAAGAGCACCUCUGGGAAGAAGGGGCAUUUCUCUCUGCCUGUCCACCAAUAAGAAGACCACACCAAACCUGUCCACCAACAAGAGGACUGCAACAAACCUGUCCACCAAUAACUAGACUGCACCAAACCCUUCCACCAAUAAGAAGACUACCCCAAACCACCGGGGAAAAAGAGGGUCCACCAUGUGAUCCCCCACCACCCCUACCCACUCUCUCCAACUCUCCAUCACCCGGUUCCUCACUAUUGACCUGUGCUUGCCCCUGGUAACCCUGGAAACGUCCCUGUGAGCAAUGCCACCCAGCCAAUCACACCGCCCAAAGGCCUCCAUCGAUGUUUCAUCAUCUUGCUUUCAUAUUUUUGUCUGAAGCCAUAUCUGAUUGUUUGCUAUCCAUCAUUUAGAUUGUAUAACUGUUUUAACCUGCGUCGUGUUCAUUAGGUACCAAACAGGGAAAAACUGACUGAAACAAGGAGGGACUACGAGGGCUUGUCCAAUAAGAAACAAUUAUUUACAUUUUCCGUUGCAGAGCAUUUUAAAACAUUUCCCGUUCUGUGCCCUAAUGAGCAGGACCCAGGGACAACAAGAGAAGACACCAACCUGUAAUGAUAAUGGGGAGAAUGAAAUCUAAACCCUGCUCCGUUUAUUUAGACAAAUCAAAUUCUGUAAAACUAGUGCUGAGGCACUCGUAUGUUACUAUUGCUACAACUGUAUGCAAGUUCACAUGAUAAGCCUUUAUUAUCUGAAUUCUGAAUUUUAAGAUUGACCGUGAUUUCUCUCUAUGUGCUUUGUUCUAUUAAGUGCAAGUUGGUUGUACUGGCGAUGACAGUAUCAACGAUUUCUGGCACUCACCCAGUGUAUUAUUGUAAAUGUAGUUGUGUGUACAUAUUCUAGAACACUUUCAUGCUCAUAUUAAGCUGUGUGGUUUAUACGUUUAUGUAAAUUCAGACUUAUGUAUUAAUUGGAGUUGAAAAAUGUAUGGUUUUCGUUUGUUUCUAUAAUUCAAGAUCAAUAUAAGGAUAAACAUUUGAACCUUGUGGGAAUACAAGGCUGUUUACAGUACAUAAAUGAUCAUAUCUGUUCAUGCUUUAUGUUGAAUUACUAGAUCGCUUCCUCAGUCGUUUUUUAACGUUUCGCAGUACACAGUUGCAUUAUUGUGCCAUCUGCCAUAAUGAAGGUUCUGAUCUGUUGGAAAUUCAAACUGUACUAUAUGCAUGGAUCAGUUCACCAAAUUCUCAUAAUAUACUCAGCCAAUGAUGUAAAUAAAAGGACAUUGACUGAUA